AUGAAUUCUAUUCAACCAAUAGAAGAACUCAUUAAAGAAUAUUUACUAUUUAGAGGGUUUUCAGUUACAUUUCGGUCUUUUGAAACAGAAUGUCGAAAUGAUAGAGAUAAAGGAUUUCAAGCUGAAAAAAUUAUUGAAGAGUUAUAUUCAUUCAUAACAAACAGUGAUAUAAAUGGAUUACUUGAUUAUUGGGAGUAUUUAAAUAUAAGAUAUUUUUCGAGAUUAGACGCUAGAUAUUUUGGAAGUGUUAAGAAGUUUAAAAUAUCUCUUUUGAGAUAUUAUCUUGUAUAUGCAACACAACAAAGACGUAAAGAAAAAGUACUAGAGUUCUUUGACACGUUUGAAACAGAUUUAAAUGGAAAUCCGGAAUGGUCUAAGUGGUUUGGACUGCCGUUUUCAAAAAACCCAGCAGCAGAUCCAUAUUUUGAACCAUUUUUUACAAAACAAUGGUUAGAGACAUUUACAGCGUCGUUACAUAAUUUCCUAAAUACUAUAUUUCAAAAUAUGCAUCGAUUUCAAAGACGCGCAUUAGAAAAUGAGAUUCAAUCUUUACAUAAUGUGAUAAUUGAUCUUAAAGCUAAAAUAGAGCAUUAUGAUGCCGAAAUUGCGAACUUACGGCAAGCGGCCGUUCAGCCACAAGAAUUAUUGAAUCACAAUAGCACACAGCGAUAUACAAAAUCGUUGCUUGAUCAAAAAAACAAGGAUACCAAUAUACUUAUGGAGACAAAUUACAUAGGCACAAUGUGCCACAAUUUUCUAUCAUUUCAAGUAGGUGUUAACAUUAUUUUGCAUACUGACAUAAAUCAUUCUUCAAGAAGUCUUACACACCCGCAGCUCAAUUACAAUGGAACAAAAUCACCAGAGACAUGCUCGGAUGGCAGAAGUAUGACGCCGGUAUCAGAAUAUGACUUGGUUGAUACACAAAAGCUGUUGAAUGAAGAUAUAAAUCCGUUUACUAAUACGAGUCAGGAGGCAUAUCUAGAACAGAUGUAA